CAUCUCACACUUCACUCACUGUAAAUUAUGGCCACACACAUCUUAUUUUCCAUUUCACUACUACUUCUCAUAUGUGUACUUGUCUCAUUUGCAGAUGGAGGUUCAAUUGGGGUAAACUACGGCCGUACAGCAGGCGACUUACCAUCAGCAUUCAAAGUCGUAAAGCUUCUAAAAUCUCAAGGAAUCGAAAGAGUCAAAGUCUACGACACCGAUCCAUCCGUCCUCCGCUCGUUAUCCAACACCAACAUCAAAGUAACAGUUAACCUCCCAAACGAGCUCUUAUUCGCGGCAUCUCGAAAACAAUCAUUCGCUAACGAAUGGGUUCGUCGCAAUGUAGCCGCAUACUAUCCACACACAUUAAUCGAAUCCAUCGCCAUUGGAAAUGAAGUUUUCGUUGAUCCUAAAAACACGACAGCAUUCCUAGUACCCGCUAUGAAAAACAUUCACCAAGGAUUAGUCAAAUAUAAACUUGAUUCUUUUAUCAAACUCUCGUCCCCUGUCGCUUUAAGCGCUUUACAAAACUCGUAUCCUUCGUCUUCUGGAUCUUUUCGACCGGAGUUAAUCGAACCGGUUUUUAAACCAAUGUUUGAGUUUUUGAAACAAACUAAUUCGUAUCUGAUGGUUAAUGCGUAUCCGUUUUUCGCAUACGAGUCGAAUUCGGAUGUUAUUUCGUUGGAUUACUCUUUAUUUAGACAAAAUCCGGGUGUUGUUGAUUCUGGAAACGGUUUACGUUAUUUCAGCCUCUUCGAUGCUCAGAUUGAUGCGGUGUUCGCUGCCAUGUCGGCUUUGAAAUACGACGAUAUUCCGUUGGUUGUUACGGAGACGGGUUGGCCGUCUAAAGGGGAUGAUAAUGAAAUUGGAGCUAGUAUUGAAAAUGCGGCUGCAUACAAUGGCAAUUUAAUUAAACGUAUUCUUACGGGCGGAGGGACACCUCUCCGCCCGAAAGCAAACCUCACGGUUUUCUUGUUCGCCUUAUUUAACGAGAACAAGAAACCCGGGCCGGUUUCAGAAAGAAACUACGGCUUGUUUUACCCAAAUAUGCAAAAGGUGUACAACAUUCCGUUUACGACGGAUGAUUUGAAAGAUUUCGGAGAAGAGAGUUCUCCGGUGAUACGUAGUGGUGAUGUGAGGAUGUCGACCCCGGUCGGAAACGGGUCGGGUUUGGGUGAAACUUGGUGUGUGGCAAAGGAUGUAGGGGAGGAUAAAUUGCAAAUGGGUUUGGAUUAUGCGUGUGGUGAAGGACGUGCUGAUUGCCGUCCGAUUCAGCCCGGAUCCACGUGUUAUGAUCCUAAUACGUUACGAGCUCAUGCUUCUUAUGCGUUCAAUAGUUACUAUCAGAAGAUGGGACGCGCUGCUGGCGCGUGUGUUUUUGAUGGGGCGGCUUAUGUAGUUACUCAGCCACCAAGAUUUGGAAAGUGUGAGUUUCCUACAAGGUACUGAAGAGGGAAUUACAGGGCAAGGAAAAUGAUGGCGAAAGAAACGAAACUUAAGUAUAUUAAUUAUUCAUUGUAGGUUUUGUUAAUUUUGGAUUAGUUGUAAUGUGGGGUUAGCACUUAAAUUUUUAAUGUAUUGUGUAGGCAUGCAGCUAUUAUUUAUAUGUGGGUUAAUUGUUUUUUGGUGACGUAGUGUCAUCUUAAGUUUGAUUGAA